UGGAGGUCAAAACAAGUAACAAAUAAACUGGGAACUGCAAUGGAGAAGGCUGCUAUUAUCUCUCAAACAGUCCUUAGAGAUGCUCUAUGAAGGCACAAGUGAACACAGUAGUUCUGAGUCCCGAGUACAGUUGGGGGAGCUGCUGUCACUGAAAGAUGUGCCAGAUGAAGAGCCUUCUAGGACCAUGACCCUAGCUACAAGAUGUGCUGCAAUGCUAGAUGCCCUGACAGCCAUGACAAGGACUGGUAUUUCAAGGUUUGCUGUGAUCCCAUUAGAGCAAACAUUGCAAUUGGUAGAACGAGUCUCAUCAAUCACAGAGCCAGUUUUGAAGCAAAGUGGCUCACUAACCGUAGUAUUGCUGAGGACUGUUUUACCUUUGGUUCACAUCCCUGCAAUUGAUCUGCUCUCUGCAUUGAUACAGAGGUGUGGCAGUCUUCUUCUACCCUUCACAAGUCAAAUAGGAAAUCUUUUGACCAGAGCACUUGGCUGGACGGGAAAUGCUACCAAUAACAAUCAUGAACAAGCAAGACCAUACAGCAAGCUACGAUGUGCAGUGUAUGAAUGCACAAUUAACUGGAGUCACUUGAAUUGCUCAUUAUCACAACAAAUGUUCUCUAAACUGGUGGCAAGCAUUCUCUCUGAUAUAACUCCCCAAGUAUCUCAAACAAAGCUCAUCGCCCCUGUUGACCAAGGAAGAUCCAAAAAGGCAAAGAAGAGAAAGCUUCAAGAAGAUGUAGAGGAACUUGCUACCCGCCAAAGAAAGAUGAAUCCUCUGUGCAACAAAUCAGUCUGUAACAAAGCACUGCAAGGGCUUUCUUCCUUGCUGAUGGAUGGAGUAAAGAUGCCAGCAAAUAUUUUCCAGGAUCUUCAAUCAGCAGUUCUGUCACUCAUCCUACAGUGUCAAUCUACCUACCCACUCCCCCCUCCCUACUCAGAUGUGGUGUGCCGGCAGGGUCUGUACCGGGGCCUCCUAGCAUGCCUCAUCUGUCGCCCACCCGGUGCCCCCUCCAUUAUUCACUGUGCAGUUCAAUGCUUCACGUGUGGGAUGCAGGAUCCAAGUCUUCAGAUUUCAUGCUAUUGUCGCGAAGCGUUGACCGUGACUACCGCCCUGAUGCACCCGGCUGUCCCCACGCUAGGAGAGACGUUCCAACUUGUCAAGUUACAAUCAGCUUUUCACUUUACAAGCUCCAUAGAAAGGCCACCACUUCACGCGAAUGAUGAGCUAAGCCGAGAGAGCCAGAAGUCAUUGGUAGUCAGCGGUGAGAGUAUUAGCACCAUGCGCUCUGAUGAUCAAGAACCCAGGAUGAACGAGACCAGUCCUUCAGACGUGCCAACUCGCGGGAACAUUGUCGGUGUUGAUAGCAGUACUUCGCAAACAGGCAACCUUGUAGAUGCAUCACGACGACAAAUGGAUAGCUGCACAACCUCAGAGUCGAAGCCCAUGGAGACGACAACUACAAAUGAUGUCAGGAAAUCAAGUAAAAUGGUGUACCCAGAAGAUCAAUUCUCGGACCCCAAGCAUGCACCCAAAUCUAUCGCCACAGAAACCAGGAGUACAGUCGAAACGCUAGAUCAUUUGUUGUCAAAUUCCAAGGGUAACUCUGUUAAAAAAAUUAGUAAUUACGGAGAAAUGAGUAAAACCAAGAACAUGCCCUCAAGUUUAUCGAAUGGAAGCGAAAAUGUCGUGAAGAAAGUGCCAGAUGUUCCCCCGCCAAAGAAAACUCGUUAUGAGGAGACAAGUCCUGAGCUCAAAAAUACAACGCAAGGGUCAGAAAGAAUGGUCACCGGUGAAGUUCGUGUGAAUAAGAGUGCGGCCGCAGCAACGAAUGCAGAGGCUUCUACUGUGGAUAUGGGAUGCUCCCUGAAGCAAGCAGAGGACGACAUGGAGGCAAUGUUGGCAUCGUUUGUGAAUUCCUCUCCCGACUCGGAUGAAUUAGAUCAUUACGAGCUCUAGAUAUGCGAAUACAGGCCCGUACCCAGGAUUAUUCUUGGGGGCGUGCGAAAUCGGAAAAAGUGGACCUAAUUUUUUGGGGGGAGGGAGUUUUCUGAUAAAAAUCUGAUCAGAGGGUUUUUUAUGCCUUGGCAGGAUCUCCAUGGGACGUUUAUUGUCGGAUUUGGCUACAAAUAAAGUCUGACUAAUGACAUACCAGAGUAGCCUACUUGUAGGCUUUGAUAGCUUUUCCGGCACGAAAACCUCACGCCCGCCAUCUUGGAUAACGCGCUCCGCAGGGGGCGCAUUCCGCCCUCCCCCUGCGGAGCGCGUUAUCCAAGAUGGCGGCACACUUCGUGUUUUCGGGGUUUUCGUGCCGGAAAAACUAUCAAAGCCUACAAGUAUGCUAAUACCAGAGUGAUCUAGCUUAUGCUUUAUAGUUUUGUCUACAAAUAGCACGUCUAUUGAGAACCGAAAGUGGACUUAAGGCCGUUGUGGGAGCGUGCGUACUCUCUCCUCAAUCAGCCCAUUCUUUAGAGGUAUUCAGGAUUCCUAUGGUUUCCCUUGAUGCAAGAGGGGCUUGGGAGAUCUAAAUCAGAGAACGCAACGUCACAUCAAACACAGGAAACAUAAAACAUCAAGGGAACGAACACCAGAAACUUGGCCGCCAAUUAUCUUAAACUUAUUUGCAUAAAAGCUACCACUGCUCA